ACUGUCGAGUAUGACAACAUUCAGUUGGAAAAGAAAAAUAGGAGAAAACAUUUCCAAAGAAACAUCUUUGAACUUUUCUGCUGAAUCAGAAGUUGAAGUCUCAUUUGAUGAUAAAUGGAUUAAAAGUCAUAAGCGCAGAAAAGUAGAUCAAGAGGCAAACCGUAAAGCGAAAGCUGAAACACAUAAAAAUCAAGGGAUUGAGUUAGCCCAACAAAACAAGUUACAAGAAGCAGUUUCAGAGUUUGACAAAGCUUUAAGCUUGUUACCAAAAAAUGAAAAGUUACAUGAAAUGAAGGCUCAAGCACUUCUACAACAGAGUCACCCAUUUCCUGCAGUGCAAUCAGCAGAAAGAGCUGUGAAACUAAACCCUUGUUGGUGGGUUGCAUAUCAAACCUUAGGUCGUUCUCAAUUAGGAAUUGGUGAUCUCAAAAUGGCAAAAAUAAGCUUUUCUAAAGCGAUUCACAUAAAUCCUACUGAACAAGAACUCUGGGAGGAGGAUUUAAAAUGGACUCUUGAAUUAAUUGAAAAAGAGAGUAAAUUAAAUAUUGAGAAGGAGGAAGAAGUAACUGAGGAUUCGUCUAAUCUUAUAUUCGAUGAAGAGGGAUUUAUUGUAUCCGAGAAUCCAACAUAAUUCAUGAUUUUAUUUAUAAAUUGACUCAUUAUUUGGUCUGUUUAUCAUUCAAAAAAGUGUUAUCAAACAUUCUAGUUAAACUAAACAACAGUGUCAUAAGAAGCUGUGAGAGCAAUAUCUAAUAGUUUAAACUCAUAAUUUAUAAAAAAAAAAGGUCUGUUAAUUGCUGAGAACUAAUUGAACUAGUAAAUUGCUGGGAACAAAUUGAAUUCAUAUAUUGCUUGGAAUAAGUUAAACUAGUAUACUGCUGAGAACUUGUUCAAUUGAACUCCAAAGUAGAAACAGUUAGAGACAGCUCUCUUCUUUAACUGUAUUACAUGCUUCUUGUGACUGUAUAGUUUCAGUUACCAUUUAAUUGUGUUUUGAUAAUACUUUUAGUUGAAUUCAUUAACCAGUUUAAAUGUUUAUAAAUUGGUUAUUUCUACUUAGUCAUUAAUGUAAGUAAUUUUAUUUAAUUUAUGUUUAUUAUUAUGUAAAAAAAAUUAUUUGCUUUAUUCACAAAAAAACUUUUUAAACGUUUUGUUUUUAGAUCAGUAAGUUGAAGUAAAUUGUUCCUGAAAUAUUGUAUAAAAAAUGUUUCUAUAUUGUUAUUACUGUUCUGAAAUAGGUAUUUCUUUUCUUUUUUUUUGUGCUUCAUUAUAUUUAAAUGAAUAUUUUACUACAAAUAGUUCGUAAAUCAAUUUGGCAUAAAAAAAAUUAUUUCCAAUGUCAAGGAAAUACAAAAGGAAAAACAACAAUGCUAACAAGGUAGAAAAGUACAAUGAAGUAGAAUAUAAAUUUUGACCAAAGUCAUUGCCUUACUAGAAGUUCUCUUGUUUUCUAAUAUAGUGCCAUCUCAGAAUCUCCAUGGAGCCAUGAGCAAUAACGGAGGUGAGAUCGAUUCCUUUGCUUUGCCAAAUUACAAAGGGGUUGUUUGGAUGGUUAAAAAUCCUAUUACAAUCAAGAUAUUCUCCUAUAGAGUAUGAACCAUCAAAAGACGAAAUUUUGCAACAACUUCGCGACAUGGAAAGUUGAGAAUAGACCUUUGGCAUGAAAUUAAAAACAAAAAAUUACAAUGAACUAACUUCUUCAGUGGUAGACAGACAUGGGUUAGAACAGACAUGGGUAAUGCAUGUUACCAAAAUAUAUUAUUAAUAUAAUAUGUGAACAAAUAACAUCUGUAAUAUAUAUUAUAAUACAUGUGUUACAAUAAUAUGUUAUUAAUAUAUUAGUAUAAUUUUUAAGCAUAUAAAUAAUUUUGAUUUAUCGAUUUUUUUUGUGUGAAGUAAAGUUUGUGUGUGAUAAAUUUUUAAAAAUGAACUUUGAAUAUUGCUUGCAAAAAUUAAGUGUUCCUAGUUCUACUCAGGCAAACCAAAAAUUAGUUGGGUUGAGUCUUAAAAUAAAUUUGAAUUUAUUAUUAUUAUUUUUUUUACUAAAUUUUUCUAUUGUGAUGUACAGAUAGAAUUUAGUCUAUUUUAUUAUCCAACAUCUUUAGAAACUUCUGAGAUCCAUUUUAAAAAAGUUCAACUAAAUUUUCUUUGUUUUAAAUGUUUUUAUCAUUCUUUCCAUUUUUUUUCUCUUUAAUAUUGUUUAACUCAGAAAUCUGCAUAUACAUCUGAUUGUUGUAUAUAAUGUAAAAUUACUGUAUCGCCAUAUUAUAAAUAAAUGUAAAUAAUUUGU